ACUAGAGGGCCGGUAGUUGUCAAACGCUCCUACUCCCUCUGUCUCUCGCCAUGGCCUACGAAGAUGACAAAUCCGCGGUCCUCAGCGACGUCGAGGGCGACGAUGAUCCCCUCCCUAUUGUCCUCCCUUCUUCCUCCGCCAGUUCUUCCUCGGCCUCGGAGCAGCGCAUCCGCGACCUCCUCGCCGAGCUCGAGAAGGAACGCAGCGCCAGGAAGGCCGCCGAGGGCACCUUCAGCCGCCUCAAGUCCAUGGCUCAUGACGCAAUCCGUCAGCGCGAUGAUGCGCUCCGUGAAAGGGACGAAGCCGUCAGGAGGCGCGACGAGGCCCACCGCGAAAGGGACGAGGCAUCGCGAUCCGCCGAACGCACCGCAGCGGAGCUCGCCGAUGCGAUCCGACUCAGAGACGAGUCCAUGAAGCACAAGGACUCGCUACGGUCCGAGAUGGAGACUGCCGCGCAGAUGCUCCUUUCCGGCAUCGGCAAGAUCUCCAGCAAGGUCAGCGGGUCCAAGAACUUCUCCGCCUCCGGUGGUCUACCGACUUCCCAGAAGUACACCGGUCUUCCCUCCGUGGCCUAUGGCGUUAUCAAGCGAGCGCAUGAGAUCUCCGAGGAGCUUAUAAAGCAGAUUGACGCCGCCUCGAAGGCUAGGGAUCAAGCCAGGGAACAGGUUGAGCAACGGAAUUACGAAAUCGCAAUUGAAAUUUCGCAGCUUGAGGCUGCAAUUGUGAGUCUCAAAGAAGAAGUCUCCAAGAAGAGCUCGGAGCUGCAAAACCUGGAGCAUGUAGCCGCUGAGAGGGGGACACGGAUCUCAGAGAUCGAGAGUGAGAUGUCCAGACUGGCACAGCUAGGUGAGGAUCGUGAUGCCAAAAUCAAGAAUUUGGAAAUGAAAUUAGAAUCGCAGAGACCGUUGAUCAUUGACCAGUUAAAUCACAUAUCAAAGGCCUAUGAACAGAUUUGUGAGAUUGUUAAGAGUGUUGUUAAGAAUGAUAAUGAUUCUAUGCUUAUUUGGAAUGAAAUGAAUGUUGAUGAUAAUUUGCGCACUUUGUUGGAUGGGACUAAGUCUGUUUAUGAACUGGCUAAGGUCGCAGCUGAUGAAGUAAGGGGUCGGUUGGAGGAAAGUAGCAGUGAAAUUAAUAAUUUGAAUGAGAAGGUCUCAGAACUCUUAGCAGAGAAGCAACAUAUUGUGACUUUGCUCAGGAGUAUGUUGUCGUCAAAGACAAAUGAAGUGCGACAUGUGGCAGAGGAGGGUCUUAGAGAAGCUGGGAUAGAUUUGAGAUUGGACCAUUUUGAUGGGAACGAGUCUGAUCAGAAUGAAAAAAAUGAAGUGUAUAUCUUGGCAGGUGCAUUGGGAACUACUGUAAAGGAAUCACAAAAUAAGAUCAUUGAGCUGCAGUAUUUGGUAGAAGCACUCAGGGCAGAGUCUGGUCUACUAAAAAACCGUUUGGAAACACAAACGAAAGAGAUUGCCCAGCUAAAGCAUCAUAUAAAGGAGCUUGAGGCGAAGGAACUAAUGGCAAACGAAAAUGUUGAAGGACUCAUGAUGGACAUCACAGCAGCAGACGAAGAAAUUUCAAGAUGGAAAGCUGCUGCAGAACAAGAAGCAGCAGCUGGCAGAGCUGUUGAACAGGAGUUUCAGUUACAGUUGUCAACUCUUAGAAAGGAACUGGAAGAGACAAAGCAAGCAACCCUAGAAUCUGAGAAUAAGCUCAAGUUCAAAGAAGAGACUGCUGCCGCAGCCAUGGUUGCUAGAGACGCAGCUGAAAAAUCCUUGAAAUUGGCCGACAUGAGAUCCUCAAGGCUGCGGGAGAGACUUGAGGAGUUAACUCGGCAGCUCGAGGAAUCCGAAAACCUAGAUGAUUUCCGGAGCAGAAACAAUUAUCGAUACGUGUGCUGGCCCUGGCAAUGGCUGGGCUUGAAUGCUGUAAGAUACCAUCAACCCGAUGUACCACAAGGUAACAACGAGAUGGAAUUGUCAGAGCCCCUAAUGCAGGGUACAUUAUGACCGGUCGAAAGAAAGAACCUGUAAAUUAAGAGCUAAGUGUGAUGAUCCUCCACAUUUAUCGAUCAUUUAUAGUUCAUAUGAUUCGUGUCAUGAUUUGGAUCCUUUUAGUGUUGGAUGCAAUUUUUGUUGGGGGAGAUGUUUAUUCCAACUGAGACAUGACCCCAUUUGAAUUCCUUUCUCAAGGGCAUCAUAAUGUGUAGAAGGGAUACAAAUAAUUAUUUUACUAUAGUGUUAAUAUUAUUGGGUUUUUGAUGGAUUCAUUGCCAAUGUUUUGGCACAUUAGCUUCAAUGUAUGCCAUUUUCCUUUA